UAUUAUUUCCAAUUUUUCAGAAUGUUAUAAUUUUGUUUUUCAAUUUUCUGAAAAUGAUUUAUCAUUUAUCGACUUAACUGUUAUGUUAUUCCUUCUAAACGAAAAAUGUUCGAACCCACGUAAACGAUAUUUUCUCUGGACAAUUAGUUUUUCAAUAACUAUGCUAACGCUUGGUAGUUGAAUUACUAAAUUCACAUAACUUACUUAGUAUUUUUGUUUGUACCUAGUUUAAUUGUACAUCCUGUUGAAACGAUGAAUAACAAUACGAAAAAUGCCAAUUCUUUUGAUGGCCCAUUUAAUUUUAAAGGAGUUACAAAACUGGAUGCUCCUUACGAUAUAUAUAAAUUGGAUUGUAAAAAUAUAAUUUCAAACUCCGACGCGUUUAAGUUGCGUUCGGCGCUGUUGACAAUGAAGUUCAAAAAGAAAUCGUGCGACUUGUAUUCGUUUGGCCAAUCGCCGGAUUUCUAUCGUAUUUCGAACAAGGACAAACCCGACGAAGUACAACAAUUCCUGCUCGUACUUGCAGAAAUGAAGAAAAAAAUUGCUACAUUUCUGGAAAAAACAUUUAACAAAACUACUAGCGUUUCGUGUUCAAUGUACAACCAUGGAGAUUAUUUACUAUGUCACGAUGAUCGUGUCGACGAUAGAUCUGUGGCGUUUAUUUAUUAUUUAAACUAUGAUUGGCUAAACGAAUGGGGCGGCACGCUCGAUGUCUAUUCGAUCGACGAAAAUUAUAAUGCCAAAGAAAUCGUCAAUAGUAUCAAUCCAGAAUUCAAUACCAUGAUAUUUUUUCCAGUAGGACAACACACUUACCAUCAGGUUGCGGAGAACGUAUCAAAUUUUUCUCGUAUUUCCAUCAACGGUUGGUUCCAUUGCGAUAGUUUAUCGUGGAAACCUUAUGACCAACAAGUGGAAUUGCCAACUCCGAUAUUUUUACCAAUUACCGUUUCCAAAACCAAGACUUAUGCGUCAGAGUUUAUCGAAACAAUCUUCGAAGAUCCUGACUACAGAGAAAUUGUCCGUGAGUCAUUCGUCGGCGACGGGUUCAUCAUGCUGGAAGGAUUUUUCAAACAAGAAAUGGUUGACAUUUUUUCCAACGAGAUAUUUUCUAACGACCUAAAAUGGCAAGUCAACGGACCGUUGAAUAAAAGAAAUUACAAAUACGUCGACCUGAACGAUCUGCCCGACAAAGUCUUGUUUGUCGUCAACCUAAUGAAAACGGAUUUCAUGUUUGAAUUUUUAAAGGAGUGCACGGGCAUAAAUCUAAGCGGAGUUUCGGUGGAAGUACAAAGAUGGCACGGUGGCCAUUACAUGGUCUCUGGCGGUAACGAUGGAGUAGACCAUUUGAAUGUGCUCAGCGUGUACCUGUUCUUCAGCCAGUGCUUUGGCCAAAUGUCGGACAACAUAAAAGACGAUCUACAUUACGUGUUCGAGGAACGCCACACGCUUCAACCGAAAUUUGCGUGCAAACCUCAAGACAACACUAUUUUCUUGGUCAAGAGAGACUCCGACAUGGAGUCCUAUGUGAAAUAUUGUAAAAAAGUCGACGGCCACGCUUGGACCGUCAUAGUGGCCAAUUAUCUAAUCGCGGAUAACUUAAAAUGUUCCGUCGGAAUUGAAAUGAAGGAAUUGUCGGAACAUCAUAAUUGCGAUCAAUAACAAUAUCCGAUAAUCAUAUUAUCGUAAAAAAAAAAAAAAAUACUAUUAUUUAACUCGAUAGACUACCAAUUUUUUUUUUCAUUUAUUAUUUUGGCAAAAAAAAAAGAAAAAAGAAGGAGAUAGAGGAAGUUACCAAUAUGUACUUUUGACGUAGAAUUACGAUAAUUUAUUUUUAAAAAUAUGUCAAAUUGUAUUAUAAAAAAUUGUCGACUAGUUUUAUAUUAAAACGUUAUAACUUAUUGUAAAUAAUAAUUAUCGUUCUAAUUUUUGCGAAUAAUAAAUACGUCUGUUUGUUAACGGUCGAAAGUAAGUUUUGUUAAAAAAAAUAAUGUUAAUGAAUUAAAAUUUCGAGUUUGCUUGUUAAAUAAGAUUUUCAAGUCGCAAAAAAAAAAUACUAAAUAAAACUUAAGUAAUGUACCUUAUUCUUGCCAUUUAUGUAUUGGUAAUUUUUUUAUUUAUUGUAAUAAAUAUAAUAAACGGCCAAGGACGGAA